UGAGUGGGUGCAUCAUAUUUCGUGGGCCAUGAAUUUUAUCCUUUGUUAAUUAAGCUAACCGGAAGUCCCCAAUGGCAACUUCCGCGGCUCAGCUCCAUGCCUCCAUACUCCAUAAUCACCACACUACUUGAAAGUUGUAAUACAAGAACGCAAUUCUAUGGGAGCCGUUUCUCCAUUCCUUGCAUCCUCUCUACGACCCUACCGUUUCCCUUCUUCAACACAAACCCUUCUUUCUAACUUCGCUGCUUCUUCACAACUCCUUUCUUUUACUCCCAAUUGCACAAAAUUCCGCAGCAAAACGUUGGUUUUUGGGAAGCAAUCAGGCAACGAUAAUGAUUCUCAGUUUCUAGAUGAAAAUGGGGUCGUCAAUGAUAUGGAUGGAUACUUGAAUUACCACUCUUUCGAAUAUGACUCCGUUUGGGAUACAAAGCCUGCUUGGUGUCAACCAUGGACUAUAACACUGACAGGAUUGCUAGUGAUUGCCUCUAGCUGGGUUGCUAUAAAGUCGAUAGCAGUGACCGCAGUCAUACUCACGUUAAUAUGCUUAUGGUGGUACAUCUUUCUCUACUCAUAUCCAAAGGCUUAUUCUGAAAUGAUUGCAGAACGAAGAAGAAAGGUUAGUGAUGGACUAGAAGACACAUUUGGUGUGAAAAGGACACAAUGAUUAGUUUAGAGAGAGUAUAUAUGUGUUUACCAACUUUUGCUGAUAUCUAUCUAAAUUCUAUUACUAAUAUUAUCACUGAUACACGGAUAUUAGUGAUAUCAUUCGUAAAUGAUAAAGAAACAGGAUUAGUUUUCAUAAUUGUGUUGAUUUGUUCCAUCUCUA